AUGCUCAAUCGACCGCGUAACCGACAACCUCGACGAGGCGACCACCAGACGGGCAGUCCGCGCCCUAACAAUCGCGGCGGCGGCGGCGGCGCAAGAGGUGGCAGAAGCUCCCAACACAGCGCACCACGACCAAACGGCAACGUCCCUGGCAUCCACCAAGUCAUACCGGGAGCAAGUGUCUGGAUUGUCCUCAAAGAGGACCAGCCCACGGGCGACCAGACACACGGCAUCAUCGCGCGAGUGCUGACGCGGGGCAACCAUCCUAGAGGGAUCAAGGUCAAGCUUCGCGAUGGCCAAGUCGGACGGGUGCAGAGAAUGGGCGCACCCGUCACCGAGACCGCAGCGCCGCCCCAGUCGACCGACAGGAAUGCACCGCCCUCUACGAUGAACGCGACGAACACGACAAGAUUCACGCACCGCUACACGGACGUGCGCUACGAGGACAACGACGACGACUACGCAUCCGAGCCUCCGCCUCGCUCCCUCGCCGACUACUUCCCCGAUGCGCCAGAGCCGCCCGCGACGCAGCCGAACAAUAAUACCACCGUGACGGCGACCUGCCCCAUAUGCGAGGCCUUUGAAGGAGACGAGAUUGCUGUAUCGCACCACGUCGAGCGAGAGCAUUGA